AUGGCCAGUAUGAUGGACGACAAGAGAAAUCACAUGGCCCAUGACGAGGAUGUCGAGACGGGCCAGCCCACUUUGGUCCUGGCGGGAAAGAAACACGGCGAUCGAGCUCUCUCGAUAGUCGGGACUGGUCGAGUCGAACUCACAGAUGAAGAUAACAAACGCAUCAGAAGAAAGACCGACAAAAGGAUCCUAAUCAUUCUCGUCUGGGUUUACUUCCUUCAGAUCCUCGACAAGUCGGUUUUGGGAUACGGCGCCCUCUUCGGCCUCCAAAAGGAUUGCAACCUCACCGGCAACCAAUACUCGUUGGUGGGAUCGAUCGCGCCCAUUGCCCAACUCGCGUGGCAACCAUUUUCGUCCGUCCUCAUCGUCAAGGUCCCCCACCGCAUCCUCAUGCCCGCCCUCUGUCUGGGAUGGGGCGUCGCCCAAGCCUCGAUGGCCGCGUGCCAUGAUUUCAGCUCCCUGAUGGCUGCGCGCUUCUUUCUGGGUCUCUUUGAGGGUGGCUGUCUUCCGCUUUUCAGCGUCAUCACCAGCCAGUGGUACCGACGCGCAGAGCAGCCCAUCCGCGUCGCUGCGUGGUACGGCACCAACGGAAUCGCCACCAUCGCCGCCUCCGCCCUCUCCUACGGCCUGGGCAAGAUAAAAUCCGACGCCCUGGCCGAGUGGCAGAUCAUUUUCCUAUUCGUCGGUCUGGUGACCAUCGUCUCGGCCCCCGUCGUCUGGUGGUACCUCGACAACGACAUCCCUUCGGCGAGGUUCCUGACGGACCACGAAAAGGCCCAGGCCAUCGAACGCCUCCGAGCCAACAACACCGGCACGGGUAACCGAGAGUACAAGUGGUCGCACAUCCUCGAACUGGCCAUCGAACCCAAGACCUACCUCUGGAUCGGCAUGUCCCUUUUGCUCAACGUCGGAGCCAGCGUCACCAACACCUUCGGCCCGCUCAUUCUGUCGGGGGUCGGCUUCGACAAGUACAAGACUUCCCUGCUCAACAUGCCCUUUGGCGCCAUGCAGUUCAUCGUGAUUUUGGUGGCCUCGUACGCCGCGCAAAAGGCCAAACUGAAAUCCGUCGUGCUUGCGUCGCUGAUGUUGCCCGUCAUCGCGGGCCUCGCCGUCCUUUACUGCCUGCCUCGAGACGACGGAGCCACCGCCGGGCUUUUGGUCGCCUAUUACCUCCUGGCCUUCCUGUUCGGGGGCAACCCUUUGAUCGUUUCGUGGAUCGUCGGCAACACCGGAGGCAGCACCAAGAAAUCUGUCGUCAUGUCUCUCUACAACGCCGGUUCGUCUGCCGGGAACAUCAUCGGUCCUUUACUGUUCGACAAAAAAGAGGCCCCCGCGUACCACCCCGGUCUGCGAAGCACGUUGGCCAUUUUCGUCACCCUCUUCGCCGUGGUCAUCAUUCAGCUGGCCAAUCUGAUGUUUUUGAACAAGUUGCAGUCCAGGACCAGGGUCAAGAAUGGCAAACCCGCCGUCAUCAAGGACCAUUCCAUGGAGGAUAGGUACGUCGCCGUGGAGGAAGAGACCGACGGCCAAGGACAGAGGUUGGGCGACAAGGCGUUUUUGGACCUGACGGAUCGAAAGAAUGACGAAUUUACUUAUAUUUAUUAAGGGGGAUGCAAGAGAGAGAGAGAGAGGGAGGG